ACGAACAGUCCCAGUAUGGUUCGCACGGCUGAGGCCAUGGAGGCGGUGAUGGCCACUCGCCGCAUCUUCGAGGUCUCCUUCGACGAGUACGUCGGCACCGUCAACGGACUCUUCAACGUCCUCGAAAUCUGCGGCGGCUUCGCGCUGUACCUGAUGAUGGACCGGCCGGAGACUAGCGCUCAGCGCAUCCUCGGGGGCACGGCGUACACCUUCUCGUUCAACGGCCUCUUCAUGGUUAUCUCGGGCGUCCUUAGCGCCACGUCGGGACACUACUUGCCCUCCAUCUUUUACUACGUGAUGUACCAGGGAACAGGCAGCGUCCUGUACAUAUUCUGCUGCAUCCUCGUCGUCCGUCAGAGGAGCGAAGUCGGCAUGCCGGCGAUGGUGGGCCUGAUGACGGGAGGCCUGCACGCCUUUCACUGCGCGUAUUCGACGUACAAGAUCUACUACGAAAACAGGUGACGGCGACGAGACACCGGCCGCGCUGCACCGAACCGAACACACGCGCACCUUAUGUGUAGUCCUCGCGCCUUC